GGCCCGGACCGCUACGACAGGGCCACCUCGUCGGGCCGCCUCCCCCUGCCUUCGCCCGCCCUGGAGUACACGCUGGGCUCCCGCCUGGCCAACGGGCUGGGCCGCGAGGAGGCCGUGGCCGAGGGGGCGCGCAGGGCCUUGCUGGGCUCCAUGCCCGGCCUGAUGCCCCCCGGGCUGCUGGCUGCUGCGGUGUCCGGCCUGGGAAGCCGAGGUCUGACGCUGGCCCCCGGCUUGAGUCCGGCCCGCCCCAUCUUCGGCUCCGACUUCGAGAAGGAGAAGCAGCAGAGGAAUGCGGACUGCCUGGCGGAGCUGAACGAGGCCAUGCGGGGCCGGGCAGAGGAGUGGCACGGGCGCCCCAAGGCAGUGCGGGAGCAGCUGCUGGCGCUGUCCGCCUGCGCCCCCUUCAACGUCCGCUUCAAGAAGGAUCACGGGCUGGUGGGGCGGGUGUUCGCCUUCGACGCCACUGCCCGCCCGCCAGGCUACGAGUUCGAGCUGAAGCUCUUCACCGAGUACCCGUGUGGCUCCGGCAACGUGUACGCGGGGGUCCUGGCCGUGGCCCGCCAGAUGUUCCACGAUGCCCUGCGGGAGCCGGGCAAGGCGCUGGCCUCCUCGGGCUUCAAGUACCUCGAAUACGAACGCCGGCACGGCUCGGGCGAGUGGCGCCAGCUGGGUGAGCUGCUCACCGACGGGGUCCGCAGCUUCCGCGAGCCCGCUCCCGCGGAGGCCCUGCCCCAGCAGUACCCGGAGCCGGCGCCCGCGGCGCUGUGCGGGCCGCCCCCUCGAGCCCCCUCCCGGAACCUGGCGCCCACGCCGCGCCGGCGCAAGGCAUCCCCUGAACCCGAGGGCGAGGCGGCCGGCAAGAUGACCACCGAGGAGCAGCAGCAGCAGCAGCGACACUGGGUGGCUCCCGGCGGCCCGUAUUCCGCCGAGACCCCCGGCGUGCCCUCCCCCAUCGCCGCCUUGAAGAAUGUGGCUGAGGCCCUGGGCCACUCACCCAAGGACCCCGGCGGGGGCGGGGGCCCCGUGCGCGCAGGGGGUGCCAGCCCCGCGGCCUCCUCCACGGCCCAGCCUCCAGCCCAGCAUCGCCUGGUGGCGCGCAACGGUGAGGCCGAAGUCAGCCCCACGGCCGGGGCCGAGGCUGUCAGCGGGGGCGGGAGCGGCACCGGGGCGACCCCAGGAGCCCCCCUGUGCUGCACCCUGUGCAGGGAGCGGCUGGAAGACACCCACUUCGUUCAGUGCCCCUCGGUGCCCGGACACAAGUUCUGCUUUCCUUGCUCCCGGGAGUUCAUUAAGGCGCAGGGCCCGGCCGGGGAGGUGUAUUGCCCGAGUGGCGACAAGUGCCCGCUGGUGGGCUCCUCCGUCCCCUGGGCCUUCAUGCAGGGCGAGAUCGCCACCAUCCUUGCCGGAGACAUCAAGGUUAAGAAAGAACGGGACCCCUAGGCCACCACUGCCUCCAGGCCACUGCCCCAGCCCCCUUGCCACCCACCGCUGCUGCGGAUAAAUUAUUCCCUCCCCCACCCGCCCAGAGCCACCCCUACCUGUGUACAUACCCCCUUCCUCCACCCAGAUGGGUCCCCCGGGGUAGAUGCGUUGUGGGUGGGGGGAGAAAGUUUGUGGCUCCUGUGCGAGAGGGUGUUGGGGUCCCUGGGCCCCUCCGGUUUCCCUCUCCCCUCCUUGGCUUGGCUUUGCUGCUGCUUGUAGUUGGGGGAGAGGCGCCCCCCCUCCUUGAGAAGGGGCCUCCUGAAAACUCGCUCUUUAUAAAUGAGGCAAAAGCAUUUUAUUGCCCCCCCUCUCCUGGCCCCCUCUGCUCCUUCAAUAAACCGAAAGAUGGGUUUUUUCUUUC